CUCUCUCUCUCUCCUCUCUCCUCUCUCUAGAUAUAAAAAGGCGAUUCAGACUAGAGGGACAAAUCGUUGAAAACGACGGUAAGAGAUUUCUGGGGCAUUUCUCUCUCCCCCUCCCACAGAUCAUUACCCAUUGCCUUUACCCCCACCAACUACCUUCAACUGCAAUCCCUCCACGCUUCCUCCGCCGUCCCGCGGCUGUUGCUGCUUUUUCACAUUCUCUCUCCGCGGCGAUCUGGUUGUGUGAAUCAUCAGCCAUGACAAUUCCGGAUUCGGAUUUCAUGAUGGAAAACGGAGUUAGUUGCUUACCCAACACGCCGGAGGAGGAGAAGCGGAUCAUCGAUGAAUUGGCUCGAAAAUCGGAGGCCAAUGUCAAAGAAGGCAACUUGUUCUAUGUUGUUUCCUAUAGGUGGCACUCAAGCUGGAAGAGGUAUGUUGAGCAAGGCACUGGAAAACAUCUAUAUGACGAGCAGGAUUUUGUGUCUCAAAAGUUGGAUCUGCUCUCAUCUAAAAAUAUAGCUAGACCUGGACCUAUUGAUAAUUCUGAUAUAGUUGUAAAUGAAUCUGAGGGCAGCGAUUUACAACUUCAUAGUACACUGCUGGAAGAGCGUGACUAUGUCUUAGUUUCUCAAGAAGUUUGGGAAAAGCUUUUCGACUGGUACAAAGGAGGUCCUGCAUUACCAAGAAAGAUGAUUUCUCAGGGUGACCUUAUCAAGAAUCUGAUGGUGGAGGUCUACCCGCUCUGUCUUAAGAUUAUUGAUUCAAGAGACAGCAGCCAGACAGUUGUAAGAUUAAGCAAAAAGGCUUCUGUACAGGAACUUUACGAGAAGGUGUACAAAAUUAGAGGAAUAGAGCAACAAAAGGCUCAUAUUUGGGACUACUUCAACAUGGUGAAGAAUUCAUUAUUGAGUGCUUCAAACCAAACCCUAGAGCAGCUGAACUUGCAGAUGGAUCAAGAAAUUCUACUUGAGGUGCAAGUUAAUGGGAACUUUUCUUCUCAAUUCUCCAUGGAUUCAACAGGAAAUGAGUUAGCAUUGGUACCCCUAGAACCAUCAAGGUCAUCUAUGACAAUUGCAGGAGGGUCUUCCUUGUCAAAUGGUCAUUCAAUGGAUUAUAGUUAUAAUAAUUUGCACCAGGGAAGUGCCUUAAGCAGCUCAACAUCAACAUUUACAGAUGAUAAAAGUUAUGUUUAUAAUCCAAUGAAAAAAUUAGAUAGGGGAGGUUUGGCUGGAUUGCAAAAUCUUGGAAACACAUGUUUUAUGAAUAGUUCACUUCAGUGCUUAGUUCAUACACCUCCACUUGUUGAGUAUUUCUUGCAAGAUUACUCUGAUGAGAUCAACACUGACAAUCCUUUAGGGAUGCAUGGUGAGCUUGCUCUUGCAUUCGGUGAGUUGUUGAGAAAAUUGUGGUCAUCAGGACGAACAACAAUUGCACCACGUGCUUUCAAGGGAAAACUUUCUCGAUUUGCUCCCCAGUUUAGUGGCUAUAAUCAACAUGAUUCUCAAGAACUUCUUGCUUUCUUACUUGAUGGACUACAUGAAGAUUUGAAUCGUGUCAAGAAUAAGCCGUACAUUGAAACAAAAGAUUCAGAUGGUCGUCCAGAUGAGGAAGUUGCAAUUGAAUGUUGGAAAAAUCACAGGGCCCGAAAUGAUUCAUUGAUUGUGGAUGUGUGCCAAGGUCAAUAUAAAUCAACAUUGGUAUGCCCAGUUUGUAGCAAGGUUUCAAUUACUUUUGAUCCGUUUAUGUACCUAUCAUUGCCACUACCUUCAACUGUCACCCGGUCAAUGACGGUAACUGUGCUUUAUGGAGAUGGGCGUGGGCUUCCACUUCCGUACACUGUAACCUUGAUAAAAGAUCGGUGCUGUAAGGAUCUUAUUGAGGCAUUGGCUAACGUAUGCUGCUUGAACAGUGAUGAAACCCUUCUGCUUGCUGAGGUAUAUGAACAUCGAAUUUAUCGAUAUUUGGACAACCUUUCUGAACCAUUGUCUUCAAUUAAGAAUGAUGAUCGGAUUGUGGCCUAUAGAUAUUCUAAAGAAGAAGUAGCUUCCAGAACCAGACUUGAAAUUAUUCAUCGACGGCAGGAAAAAUGUGCAUUAGAUCCUCUGAAGGGUCAGAGAAAGCUUUUUGGAACACCUUUGGUUGCCUAUCUAGGAGAAGACCGGAUAACUGGUGUUGAUGUUGGUAGAGCUGUUUCUAAAAUUCUGUCGCCCUUGAAGAGAGUGGUUAAGCUUCAUAGCACGAAACAAAAUGGAUUAGUUUCAGAAGCCAUUCAUGAACCAUCAAACAGCCACAAUUUGAGGCCCACGGAGAACAUAGAGCUAGAGGAAUCAUCAAGUGGCGAGUUAUCCUUCCAGCUAUUUUUAGCUGAUGAGAGGGGUAUGACCUGCAAACCACUUGAAAAGUCUUCAUCCAUAAGUCCCGGUAAAAUCGUAAAGAUAUUUGCGGACUGGACUGACCAAGAAGACGAAGUAUAUGAUGCUAGCUAUCUCGGGGAUCUACCUGAGGUACACAAGAAUGGGUUCACAGCAAAGAAAACUCGGCAAGAAGCUAUUUCCUUAUUCACAUGCUUGGAGGCAUUUUUGAAGGAAGAACCUCUAGGUCCCGAUGAUAUGUGGUACUGCCCUAAGUGCAAGGAACAUAGACAAGCUACAAAGAAACUGGAUUUGUGGAUGUUGCCGGAGGUUCUUGUUUUUCACCUGAAACGGUUCUCAUAUAGCAGAUACUCAAAGAAUAAACUUGAUACCCUGGUGACUUAUCCAAUUCUUAAUCUUGAUUUGAGUCAAUAUGUGAAAAGCAAGGAUGGAAGGCCUCAUCUCUAUGAGCUAUACGCCAUUAGCAACCAUUACGGCGGUCUAGGUGGUGGGCACUACACUGCAUAUGCGAAGUUGAUUGAUGAGAACAGAUGGUACCAUUUUGACGACAGUCACGUAUCUCCAGUGGAUGAAACUGAUAUCAAGACUUCGGCCGCCUAUGUGCUGUUUUAUCGGAGAGUUAAAAGUGGACAAAAUACCGGAGAGGCAGAGUCAUCAGGGACUCGUAUGGAAUCUUGAGCGGGGAUAUCUCGUGCAUCUUGCUAUAUCAUAAGGUUUUCAAACUUCCCACCAAGUUAAGCCGGCUUGGUGCAAGAAUGGUGAGCACUGUGGCUGGUUGAACAUACAGAUUGCACGGCGCUGGGAGUGGACCAAACAGCAAUACGAGGGGAAGGAGCUGCACGACAUGGCGGUUGGUACUAAGAAUUUGUUCUCCAUCUCAUACAAUAUUCUUUUAGAAAACGAAAUUUUGAUGGACAUUUAUUCGUGGGGAAGGGUAGCAAAUUAUAUAUGGAACUUGCAUAAGAUGUUGGUGUUUUUACGGCUGCCACGAUAAAGCAGUGAAGGCUGUCAAGUGUAGACAGAAUAGAUUAUGUAACGGAACACUUGUUUGGUGUUAAUACGACCAGACGCAUAUUUGGUCGAAAUUUCUAAGAGCCUUGUGUUUUACUUCAAUGCUGGACGUUAAUUUC